AUAUUUUGCCAUUAUCGAAACGGUUCGCUGGAGUGCCACUUACAAAAGUGGUCUCGUUAAAAUGCCACCUUUGAACAGGGAUAACAUGUUGCAAUGCCAUUUCAUCCAUUUCUUCUUAGUUUAAUGAUUUUUGUAAUAUUUUUUCUUGCUGAGAUGACCAAAAUACCUUGAUCCUAUCUCAUGUCUCCUCCAUCUCUUCCUACUCUCCGUUGCAGAUGGUGGGCGGCUUGGUGGUGCGGCUGGGGAUGGGGACGGCGGCGGCGCGGCUGGGGACGGGGACGGGGACGACGCCGACGUGGGUGUGGAAGGCUGCUCGGCUCGGCGGCGCGGCUGGGGACGGCGUCCCUACGCCGCGCGGGCGCGGCUGCCGCCCAUGGACCCCGCGCUCAAGACCGACGCUAACUGCAUCCGGGGAUGCGUCUCCCAGGUCUGGGUCCACGCCGCGCCGAAGGAGGGCGCGCCGGACAGGGUCAGCUUCCAGGCCGACUCUGACGCGCAGCUCACCAAGGGCCUCGCCGCGCUGCUCGUGCUCGGCCUCUUCGACGCGCCGGCGCGGGAUGUCGCCAUGGUGCCCGUCGAGUUCAUCGAGUUGCUUGGGAUCAGGCAGAGCCUCUCGCCGUCUAGGAACAGCGGCCUGCUCAACAUGAUUAGCCUCAUGAAGCACAAGGUGCUGGAGAUCACCAUCGGUGAGGUAACCACUGAGGAAAUUGGUCGCCAAGAUGUGGUCCAAGAGGUUGCCGAACCGCCUGCUGCUGUCACCGUCCCCAUGCCCAGCCGAGCCGCCGCCGCCAUCCCCGUCCCCAGCCGCGCCGGCGCCACCCACCAUUGGCAAUGGAGAGGAGUAAGAGAUAUAUAGGGAGAGAUGAGAUAGGAUCCAAUGCUAUUUUGGUCACUCAGCAAUAAAAAAACAUUAAAAAAUCAUUAAUUUGAGAAGAAAUGGAUGAAAUGACAUUGUAAUAUGUUGCUCCUGUUUGAGGGUGGUUUUUUAACGAAACCACUUUUGAAAGUGGCAUUCCAGCGAAAUCCAGUUUUUGACCAUGGUAAAAUAUCAAUUUUCUCGCUGUA